CACGUUAGCGAGAGUGACGUUAGCUAGCCUUAGCUUGUCAGAACCAGCUUCCUUUUAAGCUCUUUGGUUGCGCUCAGCUAAACUAAUAUGGCGACUAUGUUGGAGCAAACUGUUUGUUUGUAGUGCCAAAAUGAGGUUCCCCCGUUGCUGUCUGUGUCCCAGGCGAACCUAUUUAUUGUGGCCUGUCCUGCUCCUGCUCCUGGUUGGUGCAGCUCUGACUGCUCUCCUGCCCUCUCCUGAGGACCAAAUAGGCCUGGGUGUCCUGGGAGUGCUUCGCCGGGCAACAACUCAAAAAGAGAAACCUGCACAGGUCCACAAUGUUGUCAACACAGGGGAGGAGCAGAGGUUUACCAUUAUUAUCCAAACUUACAACCGCACUGAUAUUUUGCUCAAGCUCCUGAACCAUUACCAGGGAGUUCCUCAUCUUCAGCAGAUUAUCAUAGUCUGGAACAACAUUGGGGAGCAGACACCCUUAAAGUUGUGGAACUCUUUGGGGCCCCAUCCUGUCCCUGUGGUCUUUAAGGAGCAGAUUAGCAAUAGGAUGCGCAACAGACUGCAGUCUUUUCCUGAGGUUGACACUGAUGCUGUUCUAAUGCUGGAUGACGACACCCUGGUCAGUGUUCCUGACAUCAGUUUUGCUUUCUCAGUCUGGAAGCAAUUUCCAACUCAGAUUGUUGGGUUUGUCCCACGGAAACAUGUCUCAACACCAGGAGGAGUGUACAGUUAUGGCAGCUUUGAGCUGCAGGAUCCAGAAACAUCUGGAGGAGACAAAUACUCAAUGGUGUUGAUUGGUGCAGCCUUCUUCCACCGCCGCUACCUGCAGCUCUUCCAGGACCAACCUCAAGCAGUACACCAGCUGGUGGAUGAAACACAGAAUUGCGAUGACAUUGCCAUGAACUUUGCUGUAGCGCUGUAUCUAAGAGAACACUCUAAGUCUGCAACCAACUUUAACAAACCUUCCGGGGUCUUUGUCAAACCUGUGGACCUCCGUAAUCUGGAGAAGGAGGCCAGCAGUGGCUACCAGGGUAUGUGGCACCGUCCUGAACACCUCCUUCAGAGAUCCUACUGUCUAAACAGGCUGACACAGAUCUAUGGCUUCAUGCCGCUCUGCUUCUCCAACCUGAUGGUGUCUCAGUUUGGCUUUCCAAGCUAUGCCAACCACAAGAGUAGAAGCUGAGGAGCUGCCACAUCGCUGAGUGUUUUGGAUGGAAAGAAGAGGGAGUCAAAUAGCAGUCUGUUUCCAAUUCCACUGUGGCAUCAGCACGAGCAACAUGAACUUUUCUCCUCCGGACAAAAGCCAAGACUGGUUAAAGACCUUCAUUCACACAUCUCAGUCUAAUAAAACAUCAAUUUUUGACAAGGUAAUUUUAAUAUUGAUACCAAAGCUACCUUAACCUUCAUUGUUUACAUCUCUGUCUCAGUGGAUUGCAGUGCAGUUACUUCAAACCAAACAGGUGACUCCCUAAAUCUGCUUGGAUUAUUUGCCUUGUUUGUUGCCAUGAUUUAACACUAAGAAUUCAGGGUUGAUCAAAUGUAUUUUUUACUGCAUUUCAGGCUUAUUUACAGUGUGACCUAUUAUUACACCCCAGAAACUCAAACCAAAGCAUAAGUGUACUUUUAUGUGAAACUGCCUUUAUCUUAAGCCAUAAUCAUCUACUAAGUCCAACAUGAAGUUCUUUCUCAAGAUAUUAGAAGCCAAAUAAGACCAAAUUUUCUCUUAAUAGUUAAAAAUUUAGUCAGCAAGGCUAGAAAUUUUAACUUGUUGAGUGUUUAAAAAUAAAAUCUGCCAUUUUUUUAAUCAGAUAUGUAAUUUAUUCUGGACUUGCCAGGCAAAUAUGGCUUAUCAUAGGUGUGUUUUCAUACUUUUAUCUUAAAAUCAGAGAUAUUGCUUAGAUGUGAGUUUUUGUAGUGUAGAGAAUUUUUGUUUUGCAAGAUUUAGAAUAGAUGUUGGAAGGUGCUUAACAAAAUAGUGCCAAAAGUUAAUUCCAACCAAAGUGUUGAUUAUGAAGCAUUGGUUCCCAACCUAGGGUUCAGGCCCCUCCCCUGGGUGGCUGCCAAAGACCUUGGGGGAUGAGGGGCUUUGUCUUCUCUGAGGUUUUUAAAUUAGAUUGGGCAAUGUUACCUAAAAUUGUGGCAAAUCUUUACUUAAAGUAUUGAUACAAACAUCUUUUGGUAUGUUGAACGUGUGUAGACAUAUUUUCACAGGGUUUUGCCCAUGAAACAUUUACAUUUGCUGCUGAUUUUUGACAGUAAUCUAUCACUGUUUAAUCUGUGUGGGUUUUGGCUUUUCCUAUAAGAAGGGGGCCGGGGGUACUCCAGGGGAAAAAGUUUGGGAACCACUGUUAUUAAGUAUAACAUCCAUUUCAACAAGCGAUCUAUUGAUGACAAUCAGUACUUUUUAAAAUGUGCACACAUGUACCAUGAUUUUUGUAUGACUGUAUCAAUCAAAUAAAUGAA